CCCCACCAAAAUUAAAAUAAAUGUUCAAGUUGCAUAAAAGUGGACUACCAUCCCUUGCCUCCUAAUUGUAAAACCCCCCCUCCCCUCUCCUCCAAUCCCUCCCUUCACAUCUUAAAUUUCCUCGCAGUUCUUGCAAGCUCUAGUCAACCACUCCAGUCAAAGUGUUAAAAGAAUAUGAUGAGUGCAACAGCGUUGAACCCUCGUCGACGUUCACUUACAAUGGAGAGGACUGGUACUUCUGCCUUGGAGAGAACUGGCCAAUGGGUAUUCUCACAAGAGAUUCCAACUGAUAUUGUUAUACAAGUUGGAGAAGCGGCUUUUUCUCUUCAUAAGUUCAUGCUAGUAGCAAAGAGCAACUACAUAAGAAGGCUAAUAUUGGAGUCUAAGGAAUCAGAUCUUGGGAGACUUGAUCUGACAGACAUACCAGGAGGACCUGAGAUAUUUGAGAAGGCUGCAAAGUUCUGCUAUGGAGUCAAUUUUGAGAUAACAAUUCAUAAUGUGGCCGCUCUUCGCUGUGCAGCCGAGUAUCUGCAGAUGACAGACAAGUCUUGCGAUAACAACCUUGCUAAUCGAACUGAGGAUUUUCUCUGUCAAGUAGCCUUGACAAAUCUAUCUGGAGCCCUCAUUGUUUUAAAGACUUGUGAAGAUCUGCUUCCUAUGGCUCUCGACCUCAAUAUCGUCCAGAGAAGUGUUGAUGUAAUCAGUGCCAAGGCAUGCAGCGAGGCUACCUUCCCUAGCCGUACUCCACCAAAUUGGUGGACAGAGGAGUUAUCGAUCCUCGACGUAGUCUCCUUCGAGAAAGUUAUAUCAGCCAUGAGAUUACGUGGGGCAAAGACUCUGACAAUAGCCAGCGCGAUCAUUACAUAUGCUGAGAAAUCUCUAAGGGAAUUAGUCCGAGAUCACUCAGGAACUGGGAUCCAUUCUUUAGACCCUCUAAAUUCCGAGUUGAGAAUCCAACAGCGAGAGCUUCUUGAGUCUAUAGUUGCUAUUUUACCCUCUGAGAAAGCUGCAUUUCCCAUCAGCUUCCUGUGUUGUCUGUUAAAGAGCGCAAUAUUCCUAAAAGCAUCAACGAGCAGCAAGAACGAGCUUGAGAAGAGGAUAUCAGCUAUAUUAGAACAUAUCACUGUUGAUGAUCUACUUGUGUUGUCCUUCACGUAUGAUGGAGAGAGCCUUUUUGACCUUGAGAGUGUAAGGAAGGUGAUUUCGGGAUUUGUUUCUAAGGAGAAGAGUGUGGACGUAUUCAACGGGGGUAACUUCAAGGAGGUUUGCUCUGCUGCCAUACAGAGGGUUGCUAAGACUGUAGAUGCUUAUCUUGGUGAGAUUGCAAAUUAUGCAUCACUCAGCAUCUCCAAGUUCAAUGGCAUUGCUAACCUUGUUCCUAAGGAUGCUAGGAGGACAGAUGAUGACCUUUACAGAGCUAUUGACAUCUAUUUAAAGGCUCAUCCAAACCUAGACGAGAUCGAAAGAGAGAAAGUAUGUAGCUCAAUGGACCCUCUAAAGCUGUCCUAUGAAGCCAGAGUACAUGCCUCACAGAACAAGCGACUCCCAGUCCAGAUGGUCCUCCAUGCUCUCUACUACGAUCAACUAAAGCUAAGGAGUGGAGCCAACGAUGGACCAUUACCUGAUGCAAUAGCAACAAGGGGCCAAGUGAAAGCUGAUGCUUCCUUAGCAAAGGAGAAUGAGGCUUUAAAGUCAGAGCUAAUGAAAAUGAAAAUGUACAUCUCAGACAUGCAAAAGAAUAAAGCAACAACGUCUCGGACUAGCACUGCUACUGGUAUGCCAAAGAGAACCUUCUUUUCGUCGAUGUCUAAGACACUUGGCAAGUUGAACCCCUUCAAACAUGGCUCUAAGGAUACUUCUCAUUUGGAUGAUGAAGUUGAUCUUACUAAGCCAAGGAGAAGAAGGUUCUCCAUUUCUUAAGUUAGCAACUACUCACUAUAUAUACUAUAUUAUAAAUCCUUAAGAUUUAGUUCUGAAUUUGUUUUGUAAAACCAACUAUAGGUAUUAGGUGUUACUGUGCUCUUAAGUUAUUGGUUCUGGUUCGAGAUUUUUUUUAGGUGGGUAAUAUACUGUGCUUUGUGUAAAAAUUUAGCAACUACUUGUGUAUAGUUGGCUGAGUGAUUUAAACUUGUUAUAUGCUUCUCCUUGUCCA